GCAAACGACGAGCCGGCUGUCAAAUCCGAAACAACAAACGGAAAAGAAAUAAACGCAGUUGAUAGCAAGUCCGAACAAGCUUCGCCGAACAAACAACACCAGCAUGUCGGAAAUUUUUGGCAAUUUGGAUAAUUUUCUAGAGAACUACGAUGAGGAUGACGUAGCAUCAACAAGCGCGCUAAACGAUUCACAAGACAGCAUUGCAAACGAUUCCCUCGAUAGCAGCAGAAGCGAUGGGGCACGAAAAACGCUUGCCGCGAAGAACAAAGCUACAGGAAAGAGGAAAAGUAAUGCUGGCGGCAAAAGAUCUCAAAGCAGCAAAAGCACAUCAUCAACCUGCGCAGACAGUAUUGCUGAUGUGGGCCAUACUCUGGACACGUUAGCUUCAACUCCUGAACUGCUUCCGCCCGUCGUAGAUUUGACGCCGACUGUCGCAGGCGUCGGAGACGAAAUUAGACAGCUUUCCCGUUUGUUCGAUUCCAUAUUUUGUUCGCAAAACCCAAUCGUGAAGGAAUUUCUGAAGAAUAGGAAUGCUACUGCCGCUAAGCGGGCCUACACUACAGUGUGCAACAGUUAUCAUCGGAAACCACCUGUAACAGCAAACGACAUGAAAAAGAUAAUGGGUAAAAUCGAUGCAUCGAAACGUAGCUUGCAACAGCUAGAGCAGGAAAUACAAACCCUCCUAUCGCCCGUAUCAACAAACCCCUUUCCGCCACCCCGCUCCCGCCGGUCAAGAGGACCUACUGCACAGGGAAAUCGAGCGCCAGUAUUGGCUGUGAUAUCAUUGGACUGUGAUGAUGACCCGACGCCAUCGCAGCCAAUUUUCCAAUCACAAUACCGGCGUGUGACUAGAAGAAACGGAGCAAACGAGACUGGCACUCAAUCUAAUACGAUAAGCUUAGACUCCGAUGACGAGAGUGGUGAUGGAGCAGUAGAGCUGGAACCUUCAUUUAGCGCCGCCAACAGUUCGUUCGAAACGGAAAACUACGAAAUGCGCAUCAAAAUCAAGUGGGGCCGGGGCAUCGAAACGUUCGUCCAUCGGCGGUAUCAAAAGUUUGAGGACAUUUUUAACCAGCUGGCGGCCAAAGAGUCUGCCGAUCGGGCGUGCAUUUUUCUCAACCUGGACGAUCGCAUAGUCUAUGCGAGCGAUACGCCCGAUUCCAUCGACUACAAACCGCACCAGUUCAUUGGUAAGGCUGGUGUGAGGAUGUACAAAAGGAUGUACAUUACCAUUAUUUUUUUUUACUUAUUUCCCCUCACGUCAGCUGGGCGCAUUCUAAAAACCAAAGCGCCAAUCCUUCCGACCGCUCACGGGUCGUCGACCGGCCACAAUAGCAACAUGAUCACGCUGAAGGUACAGAUGGAGAAACGGAAACAACCGCUGCGGCUGCAGAUUGACAAGAAUCAAACCAUGUCCGUGCUGGUGAUUAAAUGCGCCGAAGAGCUCAAGUGUGAACCGAAGGAUAUUCGGCUGUACUUUGACGGCGAGCUGGUUGGCAAUAAUGAUAAGCCAGAGGAUCUUGACCUAGAAGGGGACGAGAUACUGGACAUUCGUUUUGUGAAGUAAUUGGAUGAAAUGCGCAGAGAGCUUUAUUGUUGCCCUGUUUUUUUAUAUUAUGAUUUUGCAUUACUAGUUUCAAAUAUAUAAAGUCGUUCGACAUAAAUAAAA